UUAGAGUAGCAAAAUAGUCAUAAUUAAAAUUUAAAGCUAAAAUUUUCUAGAUAAAAUAUUGCAGUAUUAUGAUAAAAAGAAAACAAUUUUUGCUGUGCUUUACAAAAGCACUUGAUUUCUGGCAUGUAGAUGCAAUUAUCUGCGUUCAAAGAUAACGAUCGUUGAUAUUUCCAUUCCGGAUUGAUUUUUUUCUGCGUGUGUGCGCGCUUGCUUACAAAGUGUCUGUCUAUCUGCUAUCAUAUUGUCAUUUUCCUUUCAUUUUCGAAUUUGGACUGCUGGCUUCUUCUGUUCACGGACUCGCUGUAACUUUUCAUUUGUCGGAAUCUUGAAGCACAAUGGGGAAUUCCAGCAGCAGCGUGAAGGACUUGCCUGAGAAUGCUUUCCUACAACGACUUGUAGGCCCCGAAACGGUGGCGAUGGAUGAUGAGUUUUGGGAUAAGAUGUUGUCUUUCAAAUUUUAUCCCCCCAUGAACAGCCAAGAUUACAAAACAAUCGAAGAAGCGGUGCAAUCUUUGCUUAAGGACUUCAUCGUCAAUGAAGAGUCAACGGGAAAUUUCUCCACGUUGGUCAGGAAAUUCGUUGCGCUGAAAGACGCUCAGAUGCAAGUCGGCCUGGAAAAAACCUUCAACUGGCCGCUCUCGAACGUAAUGUUCUUGAUACGUUUUAUCUGCAAGUAUUUCAUUCAGAAUCUGGAUGAGAAGGAUCUGGUUAAAGCCUUUGAGCGGUCCGUCACGCCUCCCGCUGUUAACGGAGAUGAUCAGAGUCGCACCAACUUACCGCGCGCGGUGAACGGUGAUGGCGGCGAUCACAACGGAAACGGGCCAGUGGCCAGUACUGUCGGUUCAGCCUCUGUGAUUAGUGCUUACGUAUCGGCCGUUGUCGAUAUUCUGAUUAAGUCUCCGGUUAGCGAUCCCUUCUACCUUUACGAGAUGGAAGCCAUUAACUCCCUGAUUGUUUUGUUGUCGGUGAGAAUUUACCGACCGGAUAUUGACGCGGUUUCGCCAAUUUGCGACAUGCUGUUGGGAGAACAGCUGAGUCCUUCCGCGAACGGAUUAGUGUCGCGCUUAAUAACGAAUUUUAUUCAGCAACCAAAAGCGCCAGGAUAUCUGUUACAGAGCAAUCUGCAUGGAAGUAUCGUUCUGGGACUCGCGUCGGGAAUAUGGAACGUCCUAACUUUGAAGAAUUAUCGAUAUCCACCUGAGCCCGAAUCCAUUAUGGCCCUACAGUCGGUAUUCUUGGUUUUGUUAUUAAGUAACAAUAAUGGACUUCCAGAGAAUCCCAUUCGAAAAGCUUUAUUUUCCUUUGGAAAUUCUGAGGAUCCGGCCUACGCUUCUAACAGCACACACGCGCUACCGUUUUCUCAGAUCUACAGCCGUGUUUGUCAGCAGUUACGCCGCGAAGAAGUCUCUCUUUUGUUUUAUUGUUUACUGCAUCGUAACCGGGACUUCAAUGUGUAUAUCUUGUCGAAAACCAACAUCGACCUUUUGAUCUUGCCUUUAUUGGAGCUGCUGUAUAAUGCGCCGGCCGCCAGUUCCCAUCAUGUCUACAUGUUGCUGAUUAUCCUCCUAAUUCUAAGUGAAGAUGAGUUUUUUACCAAAACUAUCCAUGAAAUCCAAGUAAAGAACAUCCGGUGGUACAAGGAGCGUGCAUUACCACCAAUGCCACUCGGAAGCUUGAUCGUGCUGGUGGUAACACGAGUUAUCCAAAUGAACAUCACGAAAAUCAAGGACAAAUAUCUGCAUAACAACUGCUUAGCCGCUCUGGCCAAUAUGGCUGCUGAUACCAAAAAUUUGCAUGUCCUCGCAUGCCAGCGACUGAUUACUUUGUUCGAGCAGCUUUCUAAAAGACACCGAAAACUAGGAGAAGACUAUCGACAGUGGUCGGAAAAAGUGGAACAAGAGAGUGUCAAUCCAGAUCUGACACUUGAAUUGUCCAUUCAUGAAGAAGUCCUACGCAUGAUAUUGGAAAUUAUUAACGGCGUAUUAUUUUAUGAGUUAUCAAGCAAUGCCAACCUGAUUCAUUCGCUCCUGUACAAGCGAAAUUUGUUUGAGCGUUUCCGCUCGUAUCCAAAUUUUCAAGAGGUCGUCCACAAUAUUGAGACGGUAAUCGUGCACUUCGCAUCCAAACUGGAUAAAAACGACACGAAUAUGACGGUGGAGCAGGUGCUGGAUAUUAUCAAACAACAGUCGGUUAGCUUCAGCACGCAGCGUUUGAAGAAGCUACCCAAUCUGAAAUUUCGCUACGUGGAAGAGGAGCACCCCGAAGAGUUCUUCCUGCCGUACUGUUGGACGUUGGUCUACGGCGGAUCGACUAUUUUCUGGAAUGCAGAGAAAAUCUGCAUAUUUAAUGCGCUGAACGUGGCGGAUGAUGAUCUGGAUGAGGCAGUGAUAGCUGGUGCCGGUGAGGAAGCAGCGGCAACGGUGCCGGCUGUGCAGCCGGUUCCUGCCGAAGAGCCGGCAGCUGUUUAACUCUCUGACGCUUUUCUAUGCUGAUGAUGUUCGAUUUUAAGCUAUCCGUUCAGCACAUACAAAUUAAUUUUUUUCCAUUUAUACGAGAUUGUUUUUGGUUCUUCUGGUAUUUGUCGUGCCGUUGAGUGAUUGUUUUCAAACGGAAAACCAUCGUUAUGAGUUUCGCUGGUUGUAAUUGCAACAAAAAAGAAUACU